AUGACUCAACCCGAUCAACGCACAAGGUCUCCACCACCUCCACCGUUGCAGUUCGAUCCCCAUUCAUUGACAACCAACUCUACACCCCAACACCUUUGCUAUCGACAUCGUCCCGACUUGACUCGAAAUCGCCCUCCAGAUCCAUUCAAUUUCCAAGAUGUCCAACGACAAAUUGAAUGCCUGUCAUCCUCGGACCAAGCUGCUAUUUCACAUGUGUGGUCAUUGUUCGCUCAAGCACCAGCAGAUCAACGCACAUUGAUCCUCAAAGGCUUGCUCUCUACCUGUUGUAUGCCACAGCUUUCAUUCUUAUACGAUGAGAUCCGCCCUUUACUACGCAUCGAUUUCGCCUGCAUCUUACCUCGUGAAGUGUGUCUACGAAUCCUUUCGUUCCUGGAUGCAAAGUCAUUAUGUCAUGCCGCCCAAGUAUCGAGGUUGUGGAAGUCAUUGGCCGAUGAUGAUACCUUAUGGCACCGAAUGUGUGAACAACACAUUGAUCGUAUUUGCACCAAAUGCGGAUGGGGAUUACCAUUACUCGACAAGAUCAAAAGCCAAGGGAAACGACAUGACAACAAUAGUGGUGGUCGCAGCAGCAGUCCAAUGGUGAUGGAUCCGAUUCCUCCCGAUACAACAACAACAACAACACAAUCCUCCCCCAACAAACGUGCGAGAUUUGAUAUAUCCAACAAUCAGCAGCAGCAACAAGAAAUGAUGAUGAUUGAUGAUCACCAAGAACAUGAAAUGCAUCACCAUGCCAAAAAACGACGUCCCUGGAAAGAUGUGUACAGCGAACGAUUAGUGGUGGAACGUAAUUGGCGACAAAACAAACACACAGUACGACAAUUAAGUGGACACACCGAUGGCGUGAUGUGUGUACAAUUUUGCGAAGCAAGCAAUAUAGCCAUCACUGGAUCAUUUGAUAACACGAUACGCGUAUGGAACUUGGAGACUGGACAUGAAAUACGACAAUUGACAGGGCAUACAAGAGGCGUACGUGCAUUACAAUUCGACAAGUGCAAACUAGUGUCCGGGGCCAUGGAUAACACCUUGAAGAUAUGGGAUUGGCAUACGGGGCGUUGCAUUCGGACACUUGAAGGGCAUACGGCAGGCGUCCUUUCAUUGCAUUUCGAUUGUCGAUUACUCGCCAGUGGAUCAGCCGAUUGCACCAUCCGUGUUUGGAAUUUCGCAGCUGGGGAAUGUUUUUCUCUCACAGGCCAUACCGAAUGGAUCAAUUCAGUGCGUAUUUGUACCUAUGAUCAAUUACUUGUCUCCGCCAGUGAUGAUGCUACUAUUCGCAUAUGGAAUCUUCAAUCAAAAGCCUGCGUCAAGGUCCUCAAUGGCCAUGUCGGUCAAGUUCUUUGUGCUUUGCCCAGUACGACACGUGCAUUUAGACAUCGACUGGUAUCCCAACAAUCAUGCAGCAGCGCAACCACAACGGAUCACGACAAUGAACCGGUUAUUGUCUCUGGUGCCUUUGAUAACACCAUCAAGUUUUGGGAUUUCACGGGCAAUUGUUUACGUACUCUCUUUGGUCAUCUGGAAGGCGUUUGGAGCGUGGCCUUUGACAGUUUAAGAGUCGUUUCUGGUUCACAUGAUCGGAGCGUACGUGUAUGGGACAUGGAAAGCGGUAAAUGCAUGUAUGCUCUUAAUGGUCAUACCAAUCCUAUCACUGCAGUAGCCAUGAGCGAUACCAAGAUUAUCUCUGCAUCGGAUGAUGGUGAUGUGCGUAUUUGGGAUUUCGGCAUGUCUCAGUAG